CGUUCGGUUGAAGUAUAGAAUGCGAUUAGUUCUGUCUCACUGGGAUGUGAUUAAUGGAUGCUCAGAGAACUAUAAUAUCAAUACGCUACCUUCGCCCUAUUCAACUUCAAUCUACUUGGCGUCAUGGCUUCUUUUUGGCCCAUUGGUUCGAUAUCUCUAAUUUCUUCCGCCAUUGGACGACGAUGCCGUUGCUCAGUCUCAGCUGAUCCUAGUCAGAUCUUGACAUUGGCGCUGGAAGGAUUUGUUUGCCAAAAUCAUGUCUCUGGUCCGUCCGUCGUGGGCUUGUCAUGGCGGGUUCUAUCCAUGAAUAUGUCGACCAGUUUGUCUUUCAAGAGUCGAAAGCGAAGGAGUACUUUUGCUUCUUACAACUUUCUCACAUUUAGCGGUCAAAGGAAAACUAAGCUGUUGUUAAGAAUGGUACAUCUUGGUUAUCUACCUAGACUAACAUCCCUUUAGUACUAGGUAAUACGAUGGGGAGGGGCAUAAAUAACACGCAUCUCAUUUACGCCUACCCAAAUGGUAAUGGCUUCAUACAAAGAC